CUUGGUGGUAAAUUUGGCAAGUAGCUUAAUUUUGAUUUCUUUCGGUUAUGGACAGAAAUUCAUUUAUUUCCUUUAUAAAAAACAAAAACAAAAAAAAUUAUAAAUCUUUGAUUUCUUUGACCGUUGAUUUUGACGCAGAAAUUUGAUUUUUUUUUUUCUUUUGGUUCAGAAGUCUGUUUUGAUUCAUUGUCAGAGAUUCAAUAAUCAAAACUUUGAAACAAGUUUUACAAGAGAGAAACAAGAAAGUUUGAAACAAGUUUUGCUUCAUUGUUAGAGAUUCAAGAACCAAAGUUUUAAACAAGAGUUUACUUACAAGAGAGAAGAAAGAAAGACGAAAGCUAAUUGUGUGUUUUGUUUGCUGGUCUUUUAAUGGCUGAAGAUGUGUAAAGCUGUCAACUAUUAAUAUAUUUUUAUUAUAACGGAGAUUUUCUCUUUCAGUUAUGGUGUUUGAGUGAAGAAAGGUCUUAGGGAUAGAUCUGAGGGUUAAAGCAGAUCUGAAGAAGCUCUGCUUCGUCGUGAAGCUUUAAGAGGUUUGAGAGUGAUCCCAUCAUCAUCUCUCCCUGCCUGAUGAGAAGCUUGUCGGUGAUAGAUUUGUAGCUUGUUAGAAUUUUUUUAGAUGGCAACAACGCCGUCUCAGCCUCCUGUUUCAGUUUCUCCACCGCCUCCACCGGUGAUUUCACCGCCGGUGGGCAGUUCUCUUCCGAGUAACAAUGCUACUUCACCACCACCGUCUCAGUCUCCUCCUCCUGCCACACCACCACCGGUGACAUCACCACCACCGCCACCAGAUAGUACUCCUCCUCCGGUUACAACCUCACCACCAAAUGAACCACCUCCUCCUCCUCCUCUGCCUAGACCACCUGAGACCUCUCCCCCUCCGUCACAGCCAGUGGUCCCUUCCAUUCCUCCUCCUUCAGUCUCACCGCCGCCACCACCGUCCGUGCAGCCACCACAAGGCUCUCCUCCACCACCAUCAUUGCCUUCUUCCCCUCCAACUCCUUCUUCAUCUGUUCCUCCUCCACGCCCUUCUCCUUCCCCACCCAUCUCACAACGCUCUCCUCCACCUCCUUCAGGCCGUCCCACCCAAUCUCCUCCCCCAGAGCGUCCCAUUCAGUCUCCUCCUCCUCCUUCUCCAUCAGGUCGUCCCAUUCAGUCUCCUCCACCACCACCAGAGGACACUACUCCACCACCUUCAGAUACUACUCUACCACCACCAACAACAUUCUCUCCUCCUCCUCCAGUUCAAGAUUCUCCUUCCGAGACAUUUGUACCACCAGGUUCUAACAACCUCCCUCCUAGUGCUCCUGAUACUUCAAACUCCACUAGCAGUACUGCCCUUGGUACUGGAGCUGUCGUUGGCAUCACUGUCGCAGCAGCCCUCAUAGUUUUCAGUCUCAUUGCCCUCCUUGUCUGGUGCGUGAGAAGGCGAGAGAAACGCCUCUCAGCUGUUAGUGGCGGCGGCUACGUUACACCCUCACCAAUGAGCUCCUCCUCCUCAAGACCAGAUGCAGCUUUCUUUAGGACACAGUCAUCUGCACCUAUAGUAUCUGCAAAACGUUCAGGGAGUUACUUCUCGCAAUCACAAUCCGGCGGCUUAGGCAAUUCAAGAGCACUCUUCUCAUACGAAGAGCUCGUCAAGGCAACGAACGGCUUCUCUCAAGAGAAUCUACUGGGUGAAGGUGGUUUUGGUUGUGUAUAUAAAGGAGUUCUACCUGAUGGGAGAGUAGUCGCUGUGAAACAGCUUAAGAUAGGCGGAGGACAAGGUGACAGAGAGUUCAAAGCUGAAGUCGAGACGCUUAGCAGAAUCCAUCACCGCCACUUGGUUUCAAUCGUUGGACAUUGCAUCUCUGAUGACCGUAGAUUGCUCAUUUAUGAUUAUGUCUCUAACAACGACCUUUACUUCCACCUUCAUGCGUCUAAAGAAGUUCUUGACUGGGCAACACGUGUUAGAAUCGCUGCUGGUGCUGCUCGUGGACUAGCUUAUCUACAUGAAGAUUGUCAUCCUCGUAUCAUUCACAGGGACAUUAAGUCGUCUAACAUUCUUUUAGAGGACAACUUUGAUGCUCGGGUUUCUGACUUUGGUCUUGCGAGAUUAGCUCUUGAUUGUAACACUCAUAUCACCACAAGGGUCAUGGGAACAUUUGGCUACUUGGCUCCUGAAUACGCAUCAAGUGGGAAACUAACAGAGAAGUCUGAUGUAUACUCCUUUGGAGUUGUUCUGCUUGAGUUAAUCACUGGACGUAAACCAGUGGAUACAUCUCAACCACUAGGAGAGGAGAGCCUUGUUGAAUGGGCAAGGCCUCUGAUAAGCCAUGCCCUUGAAACCGAGGAGUUUGAUUCUUUUGAAGACCCCAAGCUUGGAGGAAACUAUGUGGGCUCUGAAAUGUUUAGAAUGAUUGAAGCAGCGGGAGCCUGCGUGCGUCACUCAGCUGCCAAGAGACCUCGGAUGGGACAAGUUGUGAGAGCUCUUGAGAGUUUAUCUGCGGAAGACCUCACCAAUGGGAUGAGACUAGGGGAGAGCGAGGUGUUUGACUCAGCUCAACAGUCGGCAGAGAUCAGAUUGUUCAGGAGAAUGGCAUUUGGUAGCCAAAAUUACAGUACAGAUUUUUUCACACAUAGUAGUUACAACAACAGCAGAGACCAAAACGUGUAAAUAUCAUACACAAGAUUGUUUUGUUUUUCUUCUAAAUCUCUCGGCGUUAAAGGCAACAAAACCCCCAUCACGAACAUCCAAGUUUUGUCUGAAAAGCUUCCAAUCUUUUUUGCCACCUCAAGCCAAUACAUCUCAAAAGCAGAACCUUCUUGAAUACCCAAAACAAAAGAGAGGAUUUUUGAGAGGAGCAUGUGGUAGGAAGAUGAGGAACAAGAGAGGUUUCUUUUCUUACAUGAAAGUACUUUUUUGUAUCUAUUUUUUUAAAAAAUCUUUUUGCCUUUAUCUUACAAGUUUGCACAUUCUGUGACAUUACCUCCUCGUCAUGUUGUCUCACUCUUAUACUUAAUGAUAAAUCAACAAAGAUCUUAUCUUUGUCU